AUGAAAUUGUUAAUAAUUUUCCUAUUUGCUCAACAAUGUUCAAGUUUCGAUAUUCCGCGCGAGAGUUGUAGAUCUGACUUGAACAUAGAAGACAAUCACUACAAUGUCUCAAAUAUUUACCACACCGACGAUGCGUACCCAACUGAUGCGCAUUACGAUGAGCGCGGAAAUAUAUUCUUUGUGGAAGCGGGCAGCAAUUCGGAGGGUUAUUAUUUUAAUGCAAGAAUAAUCGAGGCCAACUCCACUACACCCAAAAAAAUCCCUGGCCUUCCUGAGGGCACAAGCUACUCAAUCGCCAUUGACAGAAAUAAUGAAAAAGUGUAUUUUGGUACUAGCAGAGCUGCUGAGCAGACUGUUGUGCAACCAUUUGUUGAGCUGACUGCUGUGCUGCUGCUGCCAAUUGUUGAGCUGACUGCUGUGCUAAAUGCUGGGCAGAUUGUUGUGCAGCUGCAAGAUGCUGGGCGGACUGCUGUGCAGCCAAAUGUUGUGCAGAUUGCUGGGCUGCUAAAUGUUGAGCUGACUGUUGUACUGCAAGGUGCUGAGCAGACUGUUGAGCUGCUAAAUGUUGCACCGAUUGUUGUGCUGCUGCAUAUUGAGAUGCUUGAUGCUGCGGGCCUAAUUGUGUCUGAAGUGCAGAUUGCUGGACAAGUUGUUGUACAGCCGUUUGGGAUGCGUUACUCAUUAACUGUUGGGUGGGAGGUGCUAAUGUUAAUUGCGCUGGGGUCACUGCAACAACUGUUUGGCCACCACCCAUCAAGGUACCGGAGUCAC